AAGCGUUUAAAAACAAUUAAAUUAAUUUGACAACAUCAUGCGCCCUUGCUUACUGAGGGUCACUUCAUGCUGCCUAAAACGAAACAUGCACUACAGUGACCACUGUCCGGGAGCGGUGUCGGGUCGCGUUUUGUGUUGAGAGUCUCUCGGGACCCCUCCUGGAGUAGCUGGCAUAUAAAACGAGCCACUCGCCCCUACCGGACAAAGUGAGAUGCAGCCUGGCCCGACGCGCCUGUGCCGCGCUUCAUGGAUGCUUCAGCAGUCCAGCAUCCCGAGCCCUGCCUAGCUCAACGGAAUUAAAACUGUGAUACGGGACGAAUCUAACCGCUUUCUACUCCAUAAGUUACUAUACUAGACUGUUGUUAGAGCUGCCAUGGCGAACAGAGGGCCCAGCUAUGGACUGAGCCGAGAGGUGCAGGAAAAGAUUGAGCAGAAGUACGACCCAGACCUGGAGCAGAGGUUGGUGGACUGGAUUGUCGCACAGUGUGGAGGAAACCUGGAGAGACCACAGCCGGGCAAACAGAACUUCCAGAAAUGGCUGAUGGAUGGAACUAUCCUCUGUAGACUCAUCAACAGCCUUUAUCCAAGGGGGAAGGAACCCAUCAAGAAAAUUCCUGAGACUCAAAUGGCCUUCAAACAAAUGGAAAAGAUCUCUCAGUUCUUGCAAGCAGCAGAAGCUUAUGGAGUGACAACUACUGACAUCUUUCAAACUGUGGACCUCUGGGAAGGAAAGGACAUGGCAGCAGUGCAAAGGACCCUAAUGGCUCUGGGGAGUGUGGCUGUCACCAAGGACGAUGGUCAUUACAAAGGUGACCGAGACUGGUUCCAUAGGAAAGCCCAGGCGUAUCGACGAGAUUUCACUGAAGAGCAGCUACGCCAAGGCCAGAGUCUGAUUGGCCUGCAGAUGGGCAGCAACCGUGGGGCUUCCCAAGCUGGUAUGACGGGCUACGGUAUGCACCGUCAGAUCAUGUAGACCACUUACCACCUAACCUGUUCCUCUGCUUCCAGACCUUAUUUUCUACUAAUACCACAAGUGUUGUAGCCCCAAAGCCGUCUUAUCCUUUGUAGCACCUGCCACGUUAACCUCAAUUUCCCUGGAUUUGCUGCUUUUCCCAGACAGAGUGUUCAAUCCACAUCCUAAAAAAUGUCAAAUGCUGUAGAUCUCCUUCUUCAAAAUAUCUUCUUCUUUCCUUAUGCCAUGUAGCUAUCAUCUCCCUAGCUUUGUUGACUCUGUAUCCUGACUUUCCAUGUCCAAAUAAUUACUUAAUGUGGAACUCAAAGCCAUUUAACAUCAAUUUAGUCUUAUAGAGAACUGAAGAUUGAAAUCAACUUACUAAACAAGCCAUCAGUGUUAUAUAUAUUUUAAAUCUGAAAUACUGUAAGCCACUGUUACAGCAUGUUGUAUGCUAUUUAUAUGUAUUUAUGUUUUUUUAUUUUAAAUUUAUCAUUUGACUUGUUUUAGGAUUUGAACUGUUAUUGUAUAAUUAUUUUUGCCUUAAACCUAAUGGAACUCAACAACUGACGAUGUCUUUGUAAUCUUGUCUGAAGACUUGUUGCAGUAUCCUCUGUAACCAAAUCAACCUCACGUUUUGCCUAGUUAUAGGACUACAGAGACUGGGUCCUGAUAUAUUGGCCUCAAAUUAUAAAUGAGUUUCAUUCGUUCUGAGCCAUGCCCUUGAUAUUUGUCAGAUUAUAUCUUUGUCCAUAAUGUGUCCAUUUUGUGUCCAAGCAAGUAAAUCAAUGUGCAGCCAACAUGUAUGACAGUGAAGUUUCCCUUUCUGGUGCCAGGUAAAGACAUUGCUUGAAUGUGCACUUUUAUGUAUUGCCAUGUUUAUAUUUUUAAAUAUAUUUAUAUCUGGAGGCUUGUAAGAAGAAUUAUUGAAAAAA